CCUGUGACAAGCUUGGCUCUGUCUGCAGUUAACAAAUUCAUAUCAUAUGGACUCAUCGAUCCUGGAGGUAAAUCCGUUCCAACCGCAGUAGAGAACAUUGCAGACGCAGUCACACAUGCCAGAUUUGUUGGCACAGAUCAGGCCAGUGAUGGGGUGGUGCUUAUGAAAAUUCUGCAGGUUCUGCGGACUUUGAUGCUAUCUCCCGAAGGAGCCGUGCUGACCAAUGAGAGUGUUUGUGAGAUCAUGCUAAGCUGCUUCAGGAUUUGUUUCGAGUCUAGACUAACAGAGUUGCUGCGUCGGUCUGCAGAACAUUGCCUCAAGGACAUGGUGCAACUGCUGUUCUCCAGGCUGCCCCAGUUCUGUGAGGAUCUGCGCAUUCCGCUAAACAUUAAGAAAUUAAAGAUGAGGACAGGUGGAAUGGACCAAUCAAGAGGCAAACGGAAGAGCAGAACUUCGCAGCGAGGCAAGUUGAGCCGACCGGUGCAGAAGUCUGAUGAUAGCACCCUGCAAGCUACAAGAGAAAGAACACCUGCCGGUUAUCUGGAGAGCAAGCCGCAGGUAACAAAUGAAGACUUGGCAAGCCCAGUCGACAAACUGAGCGUUUCGUCCACCGUCCGAGCCCCGCACCUGUCGACGACCCCUUUGACCCCAGCAGGCAACAUCGUAGACAUGCAAGGCGCGAUUCACCGAGGUACCCCACAAACCAAUGAUGAAACUGGGCAAACCAGACAGGAAGAGAGUUCAAGUGCGAAGGUUGAAAAUGAGGAACUGGCCCUAGAGUCCGCAGAAACAGAAAGAUGUUCUUCCAUUAAUGAAAAUGAGGACACCCAGUCUAGUUCUUGCGUUGUUAUCAAUGUAGACAUGGACAGUUCUGCUUACGAGUGUGCGGAUGGAGACAGUUCAUCUCUGUUAUCAAGUAAGACUUGUUCUGUAGAGGACAUUAGCUCAACGGGGGUGCAGGAGGAGGUAAAGGCCGUAAGUCAUGACGAGAAGGUGGUGGAUGAAGUGAUAUCUGGGGCUCCACUGGAAGAAGUGAGACAGGAACAAGAAAGUAUGGGUACCGAAGACAAUGUCGGCGCCUCUGUUGAAAUUCCAAAGUUGAGCAACGAGUCGUCGUCUGUCAGUGUCGAAGAAGAAGAAGAAGAAGAUGAUGAAGCAGCAAGCGUGAAACGGGGGGAGAGUCGAGAAUACAUAAAUCCGAGAGGGGUGCGAUUUAUGAGCCAGGAAGUUGGACAAGAUGGUUCACAGCCACUUGUACCGUACGGUGUGGCGUGCGUUCGAGAGCUGUUUAGGUUUCUUAUCUCGCUAUGCAACCCCCUGGACAAACAGAACACAGAGACGAUGAUCCACAUGGGGCUCACUCUCCUCACCGUGGCGCUGGAGAUAGGAGCCGACAGCAUAGGGAAAUAUAACUCUCUGCUGAGUCUGGUGAAAGACGAGCUGUGUCGGAACCUCUUCUCUUUGUUGAACUCCGAGCGACUGUCGAUAUUCGCGGCAGACCUCCAGGUUUCCUUUCUUCUUUUUGAGGCGCUUCGAACACACCUGAAGUUUCAGCUGGAAUUCUACCUCACCAGAGUUAUUGAUAUCAUCAUCUCAGACUCUCCAAAGAUUAGCUACGAGCAAAAGGAAAUAGCCCUAGAUUCUGUGGUGCAACUGUGGAGAAUUCCUGGUUUUGUGACUGAAUUGUACCUCAAUUAUGACUGUGACCUCUACUGUCCAAAUUUAUUUGAAGACUUGACAAAAUUAUUGUCCAAGAAUGCAUUUCCUGUGUCUGGGUUGUACAACACACAUCUGCUCUCGCUCGACGCUCUGCUGACGAUUAUUGACUCCAUCGAGGGGCGCUGCCACAGUCGUAUUCUCAAUGAGCAUCAGGAGGAUCGAAUAGGAGCAGAUGGCACCUCAGUGAAAGUUUCCUCAUCAGAGGCUGAUUCGGAGACCGGAAUAGCAGUGGUGCUGCCUGGCGGUGGUCGUAUUCCAAACGCGGGGAGACAACGCAUCUCUGAGAAUAUUCCUUCGCACGAGCUGCUGAUGGCUAUUAAGCACAAGAAGAAACUUCUAGCCACGGGCUCAGAACACUUCAACUCGAAACCAAAGAAGGGUAUCCAGUUCCUACAGGAGAGCCAUCUGUUGUCAACACCCGUAGACCCACAAGAAGUGGUGCAUUUCCUGCGAGAAAAUCCGCGCUUGGACAAGAAGAUGAUCGGGGAAUAUAUCAGCAGUAGGAGCAAUCUACAUGUGCUGGAUAGCUUCGUCAAGUCCUUUGACUUCACUGACACGAGAAUUGACGAGGCCUUGCGGCUGUAUCUUGAAACGUUCCGUCUUCCUGGCGAGUCACCACUCAUCUCGCUCAUCAUGGAGCACUUUGCUGAGCACUGGCAUAAACAGAACGGCGAACCAUUUGCCAAUGCUGACGCAGCGUUCACGCUGGCAUACGCUGUGAUAAUGUUGAAUGUGGACCAACAUAAUUACAAUGUGAAGCGACAGAGCAACCCCAUGACUGUGGAUGAAUUCAAGAGGAAUCUGAAGAAGGUGAAUGGAGAUCAGGAUUUUGAUCAGGACCUACUGGACGAUAUAUACGUUGCUAUCAAGACAGACGAGAUAGUUAUGCCAGCAGAGCAGACUGGCCUCGUGAAGGAGAACUACCUGUGGAAGGUGUUGCUGCGUAGAGGUGCUAGCAAAGAUGGUGUCUUCAUACAUGCACCAAAUGGCCUAUUUGACCAUGACCUAUUCUCCCUCAUCUGGGGACCAACAGUUGCUGCCUUGAGCUAUGUGUUUGACAAGAGUUACGAUACCACGAUAUACCAGAAAGCCGUCUCUGGGUUCAGGAAGUGCGCGAUGAUCUCGGCUCACUAUGGGAUGAGCAAUGAUUUCGACAAUCUUGUGAUAUCACUGUGCAAGUUUACGACGCUGCUCAAUACUGCCGAGACACCCGAGAACCUGACUAUCUUGUUUGGUUCGAACCCGAAGGCUCAGCUGGCUGCCAAGACCGUGUUUAACCUCGCUCAUCGCCAUGGGGACAUCCUGCGAGAAGGCUGGAAGAACGUUCUUGACUGUAUGUUGCAGUUGUACCGCUGCAAACUGCUACCAAAAGUUAUGGUUGAGGCUGAAGACUUCAUUGAUCCGAGUGGCAAGAUCUCGCUGAUGAGAGAAGAGACACCGUGUCAGAAGACAGAAACUGGAUUGCUCAGUUCCCUGUAUUCAUACAUUGCCUUGGCAUCAGAACCUUCCACCCAAAAAGUUCCAUCACCUGAAGAUCAGGAACACAUACAGAGGGCGCACUCAUGCGUCAAAGAGUGCCACCUCGAACAGCUUAUUAAUGAAUCCAAAUUCCUUCGUUUGGACUCGCUGCAAGAACUGGUGAAGGCGUUGAUAUUUGCGUCACAUGGACCAGAUGGUCACAUUUCUUCGGGAAUGUCUUACGAUGAAGACGCUGCUGUCUUCUUCUUGGAGUUGCUUCUUAAAGUUGUAAUUCAGAACAGAGACCGAGUGAACACGAUCUGGCAGGGUGUGCGCGAUCACAUCUACAGUCUAGUAAUGGGUGCGGCAGCAUGUGACGACCUGUUCCUCAUGGAGAGAUCAAUUGUCGGCCUUCUCCGCCUUGCAAUGCGCCUCAUGAGGAGAGAGGACAUGAGCCCAGUGGUGUUGCAAUCGCUACGUAUGCUGCUGCUCCUCAAGUCUGCGACUUUGUUCCGAGUUUCUCGCCAGAUUUCAUAUGGAUUGUAUGAGCUCCUCAAGACCAGUGCAGCCAACAUUCACUCAGAUACAGAUUGGUCCAUCAUUUUUACAUUGUUGGAGUGCGUUGGUGCUGGAGCGCAUCCUCCCGUUGUUGUUGGUGAUAACAGCAAAGACCAAAACGAUCAAGCAGCGAAGUCAGAUGGAGAUGUGCCCCAUGACGAAGACAGCGGUUUGGGCAACGAGCGAGGUUACACGUCUGACUCCGAGCUCAGCAGAGUUACCGUGAGACAUCACGGUAGCUUGGUGUCGAGACCAACGAGCCCUGAACUGUCUCCGAACAGUGGCGGAGGGUGGAUACUGGUGGGCCGUGAAGGCGAUAUUCAGCCAUUAACCGUCCGUCCACUACCAGUCAAUCAGUUCAGUAUAGUUCAUGAACGGGAGCUCUUACCCCAUGAUCCGUACGGCAUGGUGAAGUGUUGUGAGAGUCUGGCGUUCCUCAUCAGGGAUGUUGCUCACAUCACGCCUUACAACUUUGAAAACUGCGUUCACUGUAUUCGGACAUUUGUAGAAGCUAGUCUAAGUGGAAAUGACAAACGAGGACUGAAGAAGAGUCCAGGGUCGCACAGAGGAGCAAAAGCCAGAAAGAAGUUGGCAGGAAGGAGGAGAGAUGAGAGCUACAGGGCACGCGGCCCUCGGAAUGCAUCCAACCCUUAUGAUGCUGAUGAGAGCGAUUCAGAAGAACUGCCCAGUGGAUACCAUCAGGUGUCUAUACAGCUUCUGGACCUUAUGCACACACUACACACCCGUACUGCACAGAUCUUUCGAUGGUGGGCCGAAGAGAAUGGAGAGACGGACUUCACAUCGCUGUGGGCUCAGGGCUGGUGUCCAUUGCUACAAGGCAUUGCCAGGCUGUGCUGUGACUCUAGGAGUGAGGUGCAUAAGAAUGCCAUCGCAUAUCUCCAGAGGGCACUGCUGUUUCAUGACCUGCAGACGCUAACAGCUGCUGAGUGGGAGUCGUGCUUCAACAAGGUUCUGUUCCCUCUGCUGGCCAAGCUGCUGGAGCCAGUCAGCCCACAGGACCCCUCUGGCAUGGAGGAGACACGCAUGAGGGCCGCUACUGUCCUGUCCAAAGUGUUCCUUCACCACCUGACUCCUCUCUUAUCCCUGCCCACCUUCACUGCCCUCUGGCUUACAAUUCUGGAUUUCAUGGACAAAUACAUGCACGUGGAUAACAGUGAUCUGCUUUACGAAGCUAUCCCCGAGUCACUGAAAAACAUGCUGUUGGUUAUGGAUUCAGCUGGAGUGUUCUCCAGUCCUGAAGGGUACACCCAGCUGUGGACCAUCACCUGGGAUCGCAUAAACACAUUUCUGCCGACACUAAAACAAGAACUGUUUAAGUCCCAUCCCGCAGUUGAUGCCCAAACGAGGCUCACAUCUAAGCCGGAGAGGAGUGUGGCCAGUCCGGAGCCACAGAUAACAUCUGCUGCAUCCCCAGUGUCAGAUGAGCCUACUCCAGUUGGUGAUCCUGCGAUGAGCCGAUCAACGAGCAUCAUUCUGCAGCCACCUGCGUUGGCUACAUCUCGCAACAUAUCCACCCCAAUCUUCACUCACCUCGGACAGCAGAUCUUGUCGACAUCAAUUGGUCCCCCCAUUCAGCACAGUCCUGUAGUUUCCCCUCUCCCUGAUUUAACCACCGCCCAACCCCCAACCCUUUCUGCCUCAGCGGAACCAGUGGCACAUUCACUGCUGUACAGGCAGCCUCAGAACGUUAUUCCACCUGUUUCUCUAUACGGUCAGCCCGUCUCACUGUACAGCCAACCUCAGAACACUUUACCCCCUGUAACACUGUACAGCCAGUCCAAACCCCCCAUACCCAUUUACAGUCAGCCGCAAACCACGACACCACCGACUUCGAGCAUCAGUAACACAUCGAGUACUGCCACCUCAACAGACCAGUCAGUGGUCAGUGCCUCUGGUGUUAUGAUACCAUCACAUUAUUUCUACCAAGAUGCUGGGGAACAGCAGUUAUUUCCUGCUCCAUCGCCCUCAUCUGGUGCGUCCAACACUAGAUCAGCAUCGGCUGGUGUGCCCUGUUCACCUAACGUGUUCCUACUGAAUCCAAAUCUAAUUGAAGGUGCCAGCAUUCCAACUUUUCCCAUCCUCUCCCCUCCAGGGGGAUUCAGCAACCAAUAAUCAGCUGACAAGGAACCCACUAGGGGCGAGAGGCACUGUGCCUUGUACAGCAGCAGAUAGGAGUGAGGAGGAGGACCACAUACGUAACCAUCAUCCUCACAUGUACUUCCAGUUGCUCUGACAAGCUGAACUACUGGGUGGGUUUUCUCUGUGGUAAGAUAACUCAUGACGCUACAGUUUCCAGAUUUAUUUACAGGUAAAUGCUGGGAGAGUAGAAUCAAGUAGGCCUUAAAACCUUUCUUUCCAGUGUCAACAGUUAAUCCUAUACCACACCUUUUACUGCAGAAUUUGGUGUACUGUCGGUAUGAUCAUGCCCCCACCCCCACAAAGAUGGUAUACCACGGGCGGUGAAGCUGUCUCUUGACAACCAUGGUUACGACAAGGGUUUGAAAAUGUUAAGCCCAUUCUCAAAUUACUCAUUUAGAGAGCAUUUCUGUCUUAACUUUCAAAAUUAAAAUUGACAUUUAAACUGAUGUUAAAAGUAAAUAUCAUAUAGUUUGUUACAUGAACAUUUUGGAAGCCACUGUUACACAAAUCAGGGAUGCCUCAUCACCUUCCGCAGUUCCACGCUUGCAGUAUUGCAACCAAUUCUUAUUUAUAUAUGUAUAUGAAAAGACUAUAUAAAAUCAUUUUGGGGUCUUGCGCUUAAAAUAUGUACGUCAAAUUAAAACUAUGUGAGGUGCUUGAAAUGAUUACAGUAAACUUUUGUUAUGUUGCAAAACAGAAAAAGUAUUUUUCAUAGGGCAUUUUAAUAUGGAAAUACGUAUUUUAACUGUUUCUACAACAAAUUAAUGUUCCAAAAAACUGCAAUUGAGGGGUAAAACUGCUGGCAUAGAAUUUUUUUUUUUUUUUUUCAUUUCAAGCACCACUUGUACUUAAAUGAACAUGAUCCAUGAAUAUAAACAGUAUUCAUAAGUAUGGUACAAGAAAUUCAUAAAAAAAAUACUCAAGACAUAGCAUAUUUAGAUAUGUAUAUAUAAAUAUUUAACAUAUGUAUAGUGUCCAAAUAUUUUGUAGCCUCUUCAUUUGGCUUGCAUUGAAAAUGUAAGGCACAGAAGAAGAAUUUCAAUAUAUUGUAAAUGAUGAAUUCUU